AUGAUGGAGAAUUAUAUUGAUUACAUUCCGAGAGGUGCUGUUAGUAUCCAUCGGUUGGCGUCUGCUGCUCCUCAGUUUCAGUUCAAUGACGCACAGGGAUGCCCACGAGUUCGCUUAUGGGUCAACUCGAGACCCACGGAGACGAAGGAACACAAGGGUCUGUGUCUACAUUCGGGCAGAACCGAAGGCGAAUAUCGCUGGUUCAAUCCCAAUGACCACAGAGUAAGCUACCUUGUAGACGAGACGGAGGAUCCAAGCACAGUGACGAGGAAUCCGGAGCCAGGUUCCACACAUUCCAGUAGUCGGCCAACUUUCUGGAAUCGGCAAAUCUCCGGAAAGUCACAGUCAUGGCACCAAGCAGCCUUCGGAGGUUCGCAGUUUCAACGAACCAACAAUUCUUGGAACUCGCGCAGUAUCCCUGAUCGAGACGCUUAUUCUUCCGCAAACUUUCCAAAACGAGCUCAAUUCUCAGGCGAAAUCUUCGGCGGCAUCAUUGAUGGCGUUGGUGUGACCACCUUCCAGACAGUCAUGAUGACGAGGUGUCGAAGGAGGGAAUUUCGGAGGCACCAAGCGUUAGACAGCAACAGACUCAACAGGUGUGACCAUCUCAAAAGUCAGUUUGACAAGAUGGCAUACGGAGUAGCUGUCAUUUUGGCUGGAAUCUUUGCAGUCAUUUCAAGGGAUAAAUGGGUCGAGACAGUGCUGCUAGUCAUCAUCGCCUCAGCGUCGGCUGCUCCUCAGUUUCAGUUCAAUGGCGCGCAGGUGAUGCCUUACGAGUUCGCUUACGGCGUCAACGUCGAGACCACAGGAGACGUGAAGGAACACAAGGAGUCUGUGUCUCCUUCGGGCAGAACCGAAGGCGAAUAUCGCUGGCUUCAACCCAAUGGACUUUACAGAGUAACGCGAUACUUCGUAGACGGAGACGGAGGAUACCAAGCCACAGUGAGCGAGGAACCCGGAGACCAGGUGUCCAACUAUUACUUCAGUAGUCUGGCCAACGUCGGCUCCUCCACCAAUACACAGCUGUCACAGCAGGGCUUCAGCAGCUCACAGUCGUAGAGCGGUGCAGCAUUCACUGGUUCCCAGUUUUCAAACAACCAGCAAGCGUUUGGCACUUCACAGUUUUCUGGGAAUCGGCAAAUCUUCGGAAAUUCACAGUCAUCAGCAAACCAAGCAGCCUUCGGAGGUUCGCAGUUUUCAACGAACCAACAAUUCUUUGGAAACUCGCAGUCUUCCCUUGAUCAGAACCGCUUCUCUUCGCAAACUUUCCAAAACCAGCUCAAUUCUCAGACUGGAAACUUCGGCAGCAGCAUCAUUGAUGGCGGUGUGAUCAAUGGCGGCAUCAUUGACGGAGUCAUUGACGGGGGCGUCAUCAACGGAGGGAAUUUCGGAGGCACCAACGCUUUCAGUAACAGCAACAGCUUCAAUCAGGGUGUGACCACCUUCCAGACGUCAGUAGCUGACAGGAGCGACAUUAACCGAGGUGUAGCUGUCAUUCUGGCUGGCAACUCUUUGCGUGACUCUUUCAGGGGGUGAAAUGGGUCAGAGUUUUCUCAUUGUGUUGAAUGAUCAGAAAAGAUAUGUAUCUACUUUGCAUUAUGUUUUUAUUAUAUACUGAUAUAUUAACGUUUUAUAGUACCUUGUUAUGAGUUAGCAGAAAAGGAAUAAAGUAUAGAGAAAGAUU